AUGAGAACCGUUCGCCGAAGAUUGCGUCGCUCGGUCAGGGCGGAGGUGUUUCGCGAGUACUGUGCCAACAGUUCCAUCCACGGCGUGCGUUACUUCGAUCGAGAUGAGCGAACAUCCUGCGAAAGAUUCUGGUGGCUGGUGGUGUUUCUGCUCUCGAUGGCCGGGUGUGGUGUAAUGAUUUACAAGACGUACGUGAAAUGGAACCAGGUCCCAAUCAUUGUAACCUUUUCGGAGAAAACCACCCCCGUGUGGGAUAUGCAUUUCCCCGCCAUUACCAUCUGUCCCGAGACGAAGAUAUCGGUGGCAAAGUUCAACUUUACUGCCGAAGUAAACGAUCUGCUGGGAAUGUUCCGUUUUGCAAACCGUACAAUACGUGAAGAUUUAGUCGGGCAAAUUAAAGCUGUUUCGCAACUGUGCAACUUUAUGUUUCAUGAAAUGAACGAUUGGUUAAACUACAUAAACGGUACGGAAGAUAAUGUUGUUGGUGUGAUGAAAAAUUUAUCCCUGGCGCGAAAGGAAGUAAUCGUAGUUUGCAUUUAUGGGAAUGCGUACACGUACUGUCUAGAUUAUAUAAGCGAAACAAUCACGGAAGAAGGUCUUUGCUACACCUUCAAUAUGAGACCGGAAAGUGAGAUAUUUCGCAAAGGGGCACUUCACACCGAGUACAACUAUACGGAGGAUUGGUACACGCGGCAUUAUUCGCGGCAUGUGGCACACGACGAGGAGCUACCACUGUACGCCCGAGGUGCAGGAUUGCAUGCUGGGCUUAUGCUGUAUCUAAAGCAUUCCAGGGACAACACCGACUAUAUGUGCACGGUACGUACGAGCCCUUCAUUUCGAAGUUUUGGAAAUCUUCUUUCACACCUUCUUUCACAGGGAUUCUCACAAGGAUACAAGGUGAUGAUACACGACCCGGACGAAUAUCCGCAGGUUUCGAUGCGCAACAUGCGCCUACCGCUCGGCAACGAGAUCUCCAUCGCGCUAAAGCCACAGAUGAUCGUCACCUCGCAAUCUGCCGCCGACUACAGCUGGGAGAAGCGCCAGUGCUUCUUCAACCAUGAGCGCCGGCUGCGGUUCUUUCAGAUCUACAACCAGCAAAACUGUGAACUGGAGUGUUUAACGAACGUGACCCUCGAAUUAUGCAAAUGCGUGCGCUUCUCGAUGCCGCGUGCCAACGAGACGAAGGUGUGUGCGCUAUCGAUGUGGCACUGUAUGAACAGUGCGAAAUGGUUUCUGCGCCCAGUGAAUCGAGAAGCUCUACAACAUCAUGAGCAUUUGACAGAGAUGGUCAAGCGAUGUAACUGUCUGCCGGCCUGCAGCUCGGUGCAUUACGAUGCGGAGGUUACCCAAACUACGCUCGACAUGGAAAGUUUCUUGCGAGCACACAAAGAUCUCCAACCUGACGCGUUCAACGAUUUCAUGCUCACUACGGUGGCGAUCUACUUCAAGGAGUCGUACUUCAUCACAUCGAAACGGUCGGAGCUUUACGGUUGGGUUGAUUUUCUUGCAAACUGUGGCGGACUGUUAGGACUGUUCAUGGGUGUGAGCUUUCUCAGCCUGCUGGAGAUAUUUUACUUCCUCACAAUACGCCCGUUCUCGGCACGCAAGAAAAUACACGCUACUGACCAGCGAAAGCCGAACGAGGUGCACAAUUCCUUGCUGGCCGUAGUAACGAAAGUUGAUUAG